AUGGAGAAAGGUGCCCAGGCUUCAGAGUGUGACAGUGAUGAAACAGUGAUUGAGGGGUCGGUGACAGAGAACGAACUGGAAGAUGAGGAGCUGCCCUGGAGAAGGUUGCUCUUGAAUCGAGACCCGUCUUUUAAAUCUGAGUUCUGUCUUCAUUCUGCUGAGAAUGGAAUGUGGAAAGGCAUGCCUUCUCCUGAGAUCAAGCUUGGGCUCAAAUUCCUUUCCAGAAAGGACUCAGAAGAGCAAAAGAAUAAAAACAAGGUGAUGCCAACUCUUAGUGAGGACCUGGUGUUGCAGGAUCCUCAAGAUGAAGCAACACAAAAUCAAGUUCUGUUACAGUUAACCAAAGAAUUCCCAGCAUUCUCCCUGCUGUUUCCUCACCCUGAAUUUUCCUGGAGCCACCAGAAGACUGGAGGUCCUGAAGUUGAAAAUGGUGAAAAUUUACCACAUCCAGGAAAGGAACUAAGUGAAAACACAGAUUCCCCUGAAAUUAGUCUUCUCUCUGGUACUUCACUUAUGGCAUCUGAUUUGGUUACACCAAAGGAGAAAUCAUUUGCAAAGCCAGUGAAGACCUUAGCUGUACCAAAUACAUUUUUUGAGCCUGAACAGGAAGUAACACUGACCAUGACAUCUAAAGAAACCAAAGAUGAAGAAAGCUCUCUUGAAACAUUUGUGUCUGCUUUAGAAAGAUUACUAGAAUCACCAGAAGGCACCCAAGAAGAAACACUGCUUGAAAUAGCGAAUGAUUUCAAUCCUCAAGAAUUGAAGAACCCAUUGAGCAACUCCUUGAGUUCUGUGUCAGUCCCUUUGAAUGCCUUGUCAGCAUGUUGUAGAGAUGUACUAGAAAACACGAAGAAUGAUGGUGCGUUGCCUGCUGAAUUGCUGGCAACCAUCAACAUGCUACCAGGUGACAAUGUAGAACCUGGACCUGUAGGACCCAUCUGUCAAGGACAAGAGAAAAGCAGCAGUGUUAGUGGUGGAAACGGAUGUUUAGAAGUGCAACCUACCAUGUCUCAGAUAGAUGAAGACUGCACACAAAUAGUACAGACUAUAGAAGACCCAAAACCAUUUAGAUUGCAAACAAGGACUCAUGAAAAUACCACGUCUUAUGAGCAACUAAAUGAUAAGGGAAAUUCAGAUACCGUGAACAAUACCUCUGUCCAGGAAACACCCCAAGUACUCAGAAGAUCAUCUAGACUGGAAAAACUGAAAGCAAGCAGAGAUGUGGCACAUACAGAUGUGUUGAAAAUGCCAGAAAGUAUUUCAUCAAAACCACUUAGUUGUGAGGAUCAAGUACAUAACAUACUUGCAACUGAGAAUUUCAGUAAGAGGAAGAAUAUGCAUUUAUCCAGAUUCAAGAGUGAACAGAGAAAGAAAAAUGAACAACUUAAAAUAAAAAAUGGAAAAGGGAAGAUGAAUAAAAUGUGUCCUUGUAGUAUAAACCGGAGAAACGUUUUUGGAGAGAAUUUACUGUAUAAAGCUGCUCUCCAUAAUGAUGUUGAUCUGGUUCGCUGUUGCAUAAAAAAUGGUGGAAAUGUCAAUCAGCUGAGUUAUGCUGGUUGGACAGCACUUCAUGAAGCUAGUGUAGGAGGAUACUAUCAGACAGUAAGUGCGCUAUUAGAGGGUGGAGCAGAAGUGAAUGUCAAGGGAAAGUACCAGAUUACUCCCCUGCACGAUGCUGUGAUGAAUGGACAUUACCAGGUGGCAGAGUUACUUCUUCUGAAUGGAGCUGACCCAUUACUUAAAAGUGACCAUGGAACAUGUGCUUUAGAUGAGGCCAAGGAUUCCUUUAUGGAGAAUCUCCUUAGGAAAUACAUUCCUAAACAUAAAAACCAUCACCUGUCAGCUCAAAGGAAGAGCACUGACCCAACAUAUGUAGACGAUAUAUUCCAGUACAAGAAACCAAAAUUAAGUUCUAAUAAUCACACUGAGUUUAUUUGUAGUGAAAAUUCUAAUAGACAGGAACCAGAACAUGUAGAAAUCAAUAAAGAAAGAAACAAUUUACCUGUAAAUAAAGAAUAUGUAUAUGAACAUUGCCAGAAAAAUACCAUAGAAUUUGGAAAUUCCAAAGUCUGCAGUGUGAAAGACAGCAGAACUAAUGUGUCUAAAAGUAAAAGAGGAAGAAAUACACAACAUAAAAAGACUCAAGCAGAUGACAGAGACUGCAGUUUAAGUCAGGGAACAGCUAUUUCCUCUUCCAGGGGAAUGGAUAAAUUAGUCUCUCAGCAGCAGCAUAUCGCUCUAACCCUUGAUGACCUUCCAAAAGAGUCUUGUGAACUUUCUACCCCAGCUCUACCAAGCUUGAAAAAUGAUGCAGAUAAUAAUAAUGAGGCUUGUUUAAAUUCCAAAAAGCCAAAUACUAGCAAUCUGGAUUUAUCAGAUAGUCAAGAAAUGCAAUUCUUAGAGUCCAUUGAUCAAACUAAAGCUGUUCCCUUUUCCGAACUUUCAUUAUAUAAAGAAAUAAAAUUACCAUAUGUAACUGCAGAUCAACAACCUCACACUAACCAAGAGCAAUGCAGUAGCCCAUGUAAGCCCCCUGAAAACCAUAGCUCAGAUGAAAAAGGCAAGAACCUUAAUGAAUGGGAAGAUUAUUUCCUCUCCUUCAUAAAAGGACGCUUUGCUGACAGUGAUAGUGAUUGCCACAACUCUGUCAAGUCUGCGGCAUCUCAGGAAGAGUGCAUGGCUGUCUGUCAGAAUGAAGAAACCACAACAGAUGGAGAAAAAAUAAACUCUCGAUGGUUUUUAUCUUCUGAAAACUAUUCUUUACAAGAAAAUGAGCUAAAAGCAGGUGGCCAAACUACACAUCCACAGGAGAAAGCUGUUAAUUAUUGUGACUUGAAUGAUACAUUAAUUUAUGAACAACCUAUUCCAAAUCAUAAACAGUGUACAUAUGGGAUUUCUUUUCAUCACUCAUAUGCAAUUUCUGAGCCCAAUUCUACGUCUUGUACAAGAUCACCUUCAAAACAGCAAGUUUCACAGUUGACUGGUCAAGUGGAGCUAUUAAAAGUAUUCCAGAAUAAUUCCCACAGUGAGCCAACUCUGUUAGUUAAUCAAGUUAAUACAUAUAAUGUGGAAAAGAAGCAAGACACUGAGAGGAAUUAUACCAUAGAAGGCCAAAAACCAAGUUCUUCACAUAGUCCUUUACACACUCAUUCUCAAGUAGUAGAAGUAACUAAAGCUGAAGAAAGGAGUCAAGACCUUCCAGAGAAUGAGCUCGUGAACAAUACAAAUUUUCAUCCCACUGACAAUGUGAAUAAAGAAUUGACCAACUCUAUACACCUUGAUCAAGGAGAAGAGAAGGAAAUUGCUCACAAAUCAGAUGAGGAGUUAACUACGAAUACCAAUAGAGCUGAAAGAACCGUAAGAAAUUGCAGGGAGGAAAAGGAAAAUGUGGGUUCAGCAACUCAAAUGCCUUGUGAUACCCAAGACCAUGGAAGAGACCAGAAUUUCAGACAAAGAAAAGGUUCCUUGAAAGCUCCCUGCAGCCAAGAAGUGAACACAGCUGGAAUCAGGAAGAGGAAUGCCAAAGGGGAGAGCCUGCUGCAUGUGGCUUCCAGAGGAGGAGAUCUGUCCCUAGUGAAGGUUCUAAUAGCAUCUGGAGCAGACAUAAAUCUAAAAGAUAAUACAGGUUGGACACCCCUUCAUGAGGCAUCUAGUGAGGGAUUUAAUGAUGUAAUUAUUGAGCUAUUAAAAGCUGGUGCAAAUGUAAACUGUGAAAAUGUAGAUGGAAUGUUGCCUUUACAUGGCGCUGUUGUGGGCAAUCAUUUAAAGGCAGCUGAGACACUUCUAGAACAUGGAGCAAACCCUAAUCAGAAAGAUCAGAAACAGAGGACUGCUUUGGAGGAAGCAGAUGAUGAAAAAAUGAAAGACCUACUAAGAUCUUAUGGUGCUGUUGAAACCAGUAAUGGAGAUGAGAUUGGCUCUACAGUGCCUGUAAAACAUCCUGCUCUCCGACCAAAAAGAUAUAAGCCAUGUCCUUGUGAUGAUGGAAAAACCAUUGCUCCUCCUUCCCCCUUACGCAAAGCGAAGAGAAGUGAAAACCUCCCUGCGCAUCAGACCAUCAGUGCUAUUUUACAAGACAUAGAAGAAAAACAAGAAAACUUAUUAAAGCUUGAAAUAAGAGACUCUGAAGAUGCAGAACAAUACAUUGGAAAGAUGUUAGAGAUAAAAGAAAUUAUGGAUGAUAUACUUGCUCAACAGAAGACAGAAAGGGAUGAUCUAGCUAAAAAAUACAGGGUAUCAAUGGAGUCAUUUAAGCAUGGGGCCCUGAGAGAACAACUGUCUAACUUGGCCACAAGACAAAAGAAGCUUUUAGUUGUGGCAAAGAAACAGAAAAAGAUAAGACUGAAAAUUCAAAACUAUAAGAAUUCCAAGCCAUUGUCUGGUAAUAGGAAGCGUACAUGUAGCUCAGACAUCUCUAGUGAGAAGAAGAACCAAGAGUCUCCUAGUAUGAAAAACUCAGUAUAUCCCCAGUCAGACUUACUUUCUCCUGUCAGUCUUUCUGCUAUUUCUCCUGUCAAUAAAAACAUGGAAGAAAUAUCAUUGUCGAUGGAAAUGGAAAGAGAACUCUCUGGAAAUGAGAUGAAUUCUAAACAAAAUGUCCAGGAUUGUGCCUUGAAUGGACUGUUGAAAUCCAGACUCACAGAUGGCACUGAGAAAACUGAAUUAUCAUCCCAGCCUGUUGCUUUUGUUCCUCAAGCAGGAAAUUCACAAGCAGAAAGUAGUUUAACAGAAACUCUGGUCAAAGGCUAUGAACCUGAUGGUUCUCCUGCAGUGACUGGCACUGUAAGUAUUUCAGAAGAUAAAAGUGUGCUUUCCCAAAAUGAUGCCUGUCCCCCAGCUGUUCCUCAGAAUUUGGACCUUUCCCGUUGUAAUCCAAAAAGAAGAAACAAGAAAGCAGCUUCCAAUCAACCAUCUGUAGGAACAUCAGAACCUCUGGCUCAUCAAGCGGUUACUGUCUUAGACACUGAUACUGUGCAGCAUGUGAAUAGCAUUCCGAUCCCUCCUUCCUCUGGGUCUGUUCGUCAACAACCUAUUAAAAAGCCGCCUCACCACAGCACAGCUCCUCAAAAGAAAAAUAUGCAGCUGAAAGAUUUGCUAGUACGUGGAAGAAUUAAUACAGGAAAGGACAUUCUGGAAUUCAAAACACAGGAGACUACCCACAAAGCCAGUAUUUUACUGAGUGGUAAACUUAAGGUAGAAAACGGUCAGAUUUAUCAGAACCCAGUUACCUGGCUCAAGGAUCUUCUGGGAGGUGGCAAUUAUGUGACCUGGAAUUAUGCUUGGAGUAAGGUAACAUACCUUGGAAAGGAGCUUUUGAAGUAUGUUUCCGAAGAAGAGCCUGUUCCUCCAGAGCCAUGUAACACACCUCAGCAGCAGCAGCCUUGCCUCGCAGGCACUUCCAGAAAGUCAGUGCAAAGUUUCCCUCAUUAUCUACAGAUAAAAGAAAUACUUGCAAUCAGCAACCAAGAGCUUCUGCCAAGCCAUGUAAUGGAGCAGUACUGGAAGUUCUAUGUGGAAUGUAAGACGCUACCAUUCUGA